AUGAAAUUAUCAACAACAGUCUUGGUUCAAACUGGUUUAUUAUUAUCUUGUGUUACUGCUUCAUCAGUCACUUUUACACCAGAUGCAGCUCCAGAUGCUCUUGAAAGUCCAAAAGGUGAUAAUUCCACUGAUGGAUUGGUUGGUGCUGAAGGUUAUAAUACAAUUUAUAACCUUUGCUUUGAUGCUAAUAAGAGUAAAUAUUGUUACAAGAAUAGUGUCAAAGGUUGUGCUGCAGUGUAUAAACAUGAAGACAAACUCACUGAUUAUGAAGCCACUACUAUUUGUUCUUUCUGGUGCAGCAAAAUCAAGACAUCUAAUGAUUGUAAAACAAAGAAGAAGAAGCUCGACUAUGCACCGUUAUGGGCUUGUGAUGAUCAAAAGUAUUGCAGUUGA